GCCCAACCAAAUCCCUAAUCAAAAUCGCUAGGGUUCUCAGCUGCUUUAGGCUUCUAUAAAUAACGCUGUUAGCCGAUACUCUCCAUUGUAGCUAGGGUUUUCUUCACUCAGGAGAAACAAACCUGCAGGCUCCUUUCCUGAAAUCUUCCAAUCAUGAGUAAGCUUCAGAGUGAGGCAUUGAGAGAGGCCAUCUCUACUAUUAUGAAUGCUUCUAAAGAGAAGAAGCGUAACUUCACUGAGACAAUUGAGCUCCAAAUUGGGCUCAAGAAUUAUGAUCCCCAGAAGGAUAAACGUUUCAGUGGCUCCGUGAAGCUGCCACAUAUCCCGCGGCCCAAAAUGAAAAUUUGCAUGCUUGGAGAUGCUCAGCAUGUUGAGGAGGCAGAGGGAAUUGGCCUACAAUGGAUGGAUGUGGAAGCGUUGAAGAAGUUGAACAAAAACAAGAAAUUGGUCAAGAAACUUGCCAAGCAGUACCAUGCCUUUUUAGCUUCAGAAUCUGUCAUCAAGCAGAUUCCUCGUCUUCUGGGUCCUGGUCUCAACAAGGCAGGUAAGUUCCCUACCCUGGUCACCCACCAAGAGUCUCUGGAGUCCAAGGUGAAUGAGACAAAGGCGACAGUGAAGUUCCAAUUGAAGAAGGUACUUUGCAUGGGAGUUGCCGUUGGUAAUUGUGCUAUGGAAGAGAAGCAGGUUUUCCAGAAUGUCCAGAUGAGCGUUAAUUUCCUAGUUUCUUUGUUGAAGAAGAAUUGGCAAAAUGUUAAGUGCCUGCACCUCAAGACUACCAUGGGGACACCACAACGCGUCUUUUAAGGAGUACGCUUCAGUUUACUAUUUGGAGUUGUGUACCAGAGAUCUAGAAUUUCUUGAUAUUUACUGGAGUAUUGUGCUUGAAUGGGCAAUUGCCAAAUUGGAGAGCCGUUUUGUUUUGUUCUGUUAUGUUUUUGUUGAAAUUGCUAGUAAUGAUAUAAUUUUAGACUUGUGUAGAGUUUUUAUUAGAGAGGUGUGAACUUAAUUUUCUUUGAUUUGCAGUAAAAUGUUAAACGGGUUUAUCUCA